GAAAACAAGAGCAUAUGAAGAGCAGCACGCCAGCACCUACUGGGGGCACCGAUCCUAUUUCACCGUAGCAUAAUCCCCCGUCUCCGAAAGCGAAACAUACACAGCACAAGUUUUGCGCAUCGACGAUGGCUGCACCGCUCCCGGCGCCGUUCAAGAAGGCGGAUAUAGCACGCUUUGCGACCAAAGCGAAGGAACUGGAGAAGGUUAAGCCUGUAGUAGCAUACUGGUGCAACUACUUCGUCGUCAAUCAGAUACUUAACAAAGGACUGCACACAGAGUCAAACGAAUGUAUGGCAUACACUACAACGCUGAUGGACAAGCUUGAGACGUUUAAGAACGAGAAUGCGGACAACGACGCCGUCCAUGACGACGUUGCGGCGCAGGCGUACAUUGAACAGUUUGCACAGGACGUUUUCAACAGAGCGGAUACAGCUAUGAUGUCGAACAAAGCCACAGCACAAACCGCCCAAACCUUCCAAGCAGCGUCGACACUGCUCGACCUGUUAGCAAUAUGGCAAACGCCUCUCAGUCAAGAGAUUGCUGUCAAAUCGAAAUACGCCAAAUUCCAUGCCUUGCGCAUAGCAAAGGCUUUGCGCAGUGGUGAGGAUCCGAACCUCUCCAACCCGACUCGAGAACCGCAUACAGAGCCACCAGCCUUAUCGCCGGACGACCCGGAGGUCCGGCGCAUAAAUGGGCUACAGCCAACAGUUGAGGAUGUCCCAGACAGCUCGUUGCUACCAUCGGCUUCGGAUAAUCCUCCAGCGGAUGCGCUGUCGCCCACGACACACGUGCAGACGGCUCCCACCGCUGCUCCGCGACCAGAAGUUCCAUCUGUGGGAGCUUCGGCCUCGGAUGGAUAUUUUCCAAUCAUUCCCACAUUCACCUCCGAGCAAGCUGCACCGAGUUUGCCUACAGCACCAGAAGACUCGGCGCCGAAUGUGACCAUGGUUUCACCGGGCUCGACAUCCGCCCCCAUGUCGUCGCCAGCUGCGAACUUCUACAUUGCACAAGGUCGUCCAAUCGAACCUUCAGUACCGGCAGAGUCCCCCGGCCAGCCUCAGGUGCAACCUGUAGCGCCAUCGCAAUACCACAUGCCUACGCCUACCGCGCCGCAUCAAUUCAUCUCCCCACCGCAGCAAACCACGCUGUCAGCGCCUUCGCUUGCACCACAACCUUCUAUACAGGCGCAGCAGCCAGCACUGACGCAGCUGCCGCAGACAAUGCCGGGACAGUAUAAUCGGGAUGAUGAAUCUAUAAUGCAAGCGCAGAAGCAUGCCAAAUGGGCCAUUUCGGCGUUGAAUUUCGAGGACGUGGAUACCGCGGUCAAGGAGUUGAGAAUCGCAUUAAGAGCAUUGGGUGCGUGAUCAAAAAGAAGAUGAUAAAGAAGGAAAAAAGAAGGAAAAGGUUCCACAAACAAGCAAAAUUUGAGGAGCAAACGAGAAACGCCCUUCGACUCUAUGCAAACAUAUAGAUAUCCGUGAAAGACGAAAGAUACCCCCCCCAAGCUGUCCGUGUAUAUCAACAAUGUCAUCCCAACGCAUUUCCUCGCUCAGUUACGAGUUCGACGGAAACAUUCUGCGCCCGUAAA